AUGUCUCGUCCCCCUCCGCACCCAUCUUCCUCUUAUCCGCAAGGGCACAAUCGUCUACCUUCGUUCCCACAACUUCUCCAUCACUCUCACCAGCAAAGUUCAUCCAGCCAUCCCCAAUCCAGUCACUCUUCUUACCCUUCUCUCACCAGAUCCGAUCCACACGCCAGAAUUCGAGAACCAACUCCGGACGAUUUACAGGAAGAUGAAGAGUAUGAUGGCAACAAGAGGUCAUCAGGCGUAAAGAUGGAAGCUGGGCCGAGUGGGAGUGGUUCAACCGAGAGAAAGCAUGCGACCAGGAAACGGGUCGUUCAGAGUUGUUCGGAGUGUCGGCGAAGGAAGAUCAAGUGCGAUAAAAAAUUUCCAUGUGGUCCUUGUAUCCUUCGGGGCGAUCAAUCAAAGUGUAGAGAAGUAGGCAUGGCCGAAAAGAACAUCACUGCGGCAUCUCCUUUCGCGACGACGACCGAUCUUGCCCACGUCUCUCAUCGAUUGGACGCGUUAGAAGCUUCUCUUGUCAAGACCGGCGCCCUCAUACCUGCCGACCUUGAGUAUUUCUCGAGAGAAUCACAUGUCGGCGUCUCUGCAGCGGAAAAGCGUAUCACCGACGAAGACUCGGAAGACCAAGAUGAUACAGAGGAUGCUGCUCUGACUUUGGAACAUCUGGCUUGGGGUCGUUCGAGAGUGGAAGGAAGUCACUCCAUAGCGCACUUUGGUACACAUCCAAAUUCUGCUUCCACCAAAGCACCCAAUAAUGAUUAUCAUUUCUCUACAUUUUCUAGACCCCCGGUCAAUUAUCAUUUACCAUCCCCCCAUUUCCGAUCCACAGGACCGUCUCCGACUGCUCAUCGGAAUUCAAUUGGCGAACGUUCCAAUAGCCGGACUUCGGGUAUGAUUGGGAUGACAGAGGAUGAGAAAUUCAGGAGGAUCGAGGAACUUGUACAGCUCAUUGGGCUGAUGGAUCCUCUCGAGUUGUUCUGGAGCAAGACGACCGUUGGACUGAGAUGGAUAGUGGACCGUUUGCCAAGCCCAGAUAGGGGGAAACUACUUAUCACAAAUUAUCUCCAGAAGGUGGAUUGGCUUUUCAGGUGCAUUCACGUUCCUACUUUUCUCAAACAAUGCAGUGAUCUCUGGGCUGUGCCCCGAGAUAGAAUAUCUGAAGAGAUAUCACUCCCAUUUAUAGCCCUAUACAUCUGCGCGUGUUCGCUCGGCUUGCAGUUCAUGGACCCCGAAGAGAUCGCCGAGAACUUUACUCCAGAGGAAGCCCACUCAGUGCCUUCGCAAUACUAUAAUUGCAUCAGAGCGUCAAUGUAUGGAUCCGAUUUUGGUGGCCAACCCACUGUUGAACACUGUCAAACAUUUGUUCUCAUGUGUGCUCUGAUGAACAACCGAGAUAGAUCCGAAAUCGCGUGGUCAUUCUUGGGUGCUCAUAUCAAAAUGGCACAAUCUCUAGGCAUGUCUCGACUGGGGGCCGAAGAGCCCGCAAACGAUGAGAAAGGAUCUCCCAUGUGGACUGGUCGCUGGGAAAGUCUCAUUCAACGUGAAGUGGGAAGGAGAACAUGGUGGAACCUCGUCUACCUGGAUUGGUCACAAGCUCCAAGUUAUCAUAACCAAUCUUGUGUCACGCCAGAUCAGAUAAGAACCGCCCUUCCUGCGAAUAUCGAUGAUGAAGACCUGAUCGAUGGCCUACCUUUACGAGCCAAACCAUUAAAUGUUCGCACGACCAUGUCUUUCCAGCUUGCGAAAUUCAAAUUCGCUGAGAUUGCCCAUCGACAAAUAUCGCAGGAGAUGAAUAUGCCUCAUGUACCUUAUUCCUUCGUGUAUAUGACUGAUGCACCAGUGGACGGAGAGUUACGAAAAGCAAUGAUGGAACUCCCCGCUUUCUUCCAACCUGAUCGUGAUCGAAGGCCUCCCCUACCGCAUGAUCCCAAAAAUCUGGUCCAGUACUAUGAGAAGAUUAUGCUCAGUUUGGCGGUACAUUCAAGAAUGCUCCAGCUUCAUAGACCUUGGUUAUCACGGGGAUACAAGGAUGAGCGAUUCGCCUAUUCGAAAGAACAAUGUCUGCGAGCUGCUAGGGCGAGCGUACGAAUGAUGUUACAAGAUGAUGGUGUUGCUUCGUUUUUGGAGAAAUGGUGGAUCCCGUUGUUUUACGUGUCCGUAGCGGAUAUGUUGAUCAUCAUAGAUUUGCUAAGGACAAACAAAAAACAUAUGCAUUCGAAAGAUACAGAUGCUAAGAUUGCCGAGCUGAAAGUCCGACGGAUUGCACAUGUUUCUCAUCCGGCUCGAGCUGUGGUCAAGGUGAUGGAUACUUUGAUGGCCGAAGUGGAAGAAAGACGAAAACCUACUUCAACAUUAGGUAAACGUAAAUCCCCAUCAGCCGAAGCUGGUAAUGAAGAAGAACCGAACCUUCAACAUGCAGUUAAGAAAUUAAUCCUUCAAGCUGCUUUAGAACAAGAUUCU